GCUGCAGAGCUGUAAUCAGAUAAACGCGGAUUGUAUGUAGGGAUAGCACGGCAGGCAGGAGCAGGAGCCAUGGCCGCGGUGCUGCUGCUGUCCGUGGGGAUAGUCCUAGGGCUCUAUGUGCUCAUCUACUACAACUUCAUCAAAGGGCGGCAGUGCACGAGUGACGUCAGUCUGCAGGGGAAGACUGUCAUAGUGACAGGAGCAAAUGUUGGAAUCGGCAGAAUGACCGCUCUAGACAUGGCCAAGCGGGGAGCUCGGGUCAUUUUGGCUUGUCGCGUGAAAGAAACGGGAGAAGCUGCUGCGUAUGACAUACGUACACUAUCUGGAAACAGUCAGGUGCUCUUCAUGAAGCUGGAUCUGGCCUCCGUUGCCUCAAUUAGGUCAUUCUGCAAGACGUUUCUGAGCAGUGAACCUCGCCUGGACAUACUUAUUAACAACGCAGGCCUCGAAAGUAAAGGCAAGACUGAAGACGGCUUCAAUAUGGUCUUUGGAGUCAAUCACUUGGGUCACUUUCUGCUGACGCUCUUGCUUCUGGAUCGUCUCAAGCAGUGUAGCCCCAGCCGUGUUGUGGUUCUCGCCUCCAGUGCUCACAAAAGGGGAAAAAUUGACUUCAAGAAUCUGAAUCCGGCUGGAGAAACUUGGAUGGAAAUUCUCCAGGCGUAUUGUGACAGUAAACUCGCCAAUGUCCUGUUUGCCCGUGAGCUAGCCAACAGAUUACAAGGCACUGAUGUGACUUGUUAUGCUGUUCACCCAGGUGUGGUGCGCACAAAUUUAGCCCGCAGUUUUCCACGCUGGCUUCAGAUCCUGGUGUACCCCUUUGUGUGGCUCCUACUCAAGACCUCUAUGGAUGGAGCGCAGACUUCCAUUUACUGUGCUGUCCAAGAGGAGAUUGAAAUGUACAGCGGCCGCUACUUUGCUGACUGCAGGGUGCAACAGGUCCAGCCCCACGCACGAGAUGACGCAGUAGCCAAGAAACUGUGGGAAGUUAGUGAAGAUCUCCUUGGAUUAAGCAAAUAAAGGUUCCAACAUCCAGUAUUUAACCAGCAGGCAGCAAAUGUGACUGGCGCCUAUGCAGAAUCCGAGGUCUCUCCUUUACUUCCCAUACAAGCACUUUACAAGUGACGCAUGGCAGACGCCGGAUUACGUAGUCCAUGCCGCAUUCUUGUAUAGAACUUGUAUGAGACCAGUACACUGCACACAAGUGAAAAAGCGCCUUUAGGC